AUGGGGCUGACGUUCUCAAAAUUGAAAACCCGCGAGGAGGUACUGGAUCGGGCACUCACCCAAGCACAGGAUGACACUCGCCUAUGGAGGACAGGAGGAGAGGACCAUCUAUGGAAAUCAACGGACGCAGAUAUGUCUGCAUACUUUUGUGCGGUCAACCGGAAUAAGAAGUCCAUUACUUUGAAUCUUAAAGAGGAGAAAGGACAAGAGAUUCUGUUUCGGCUGGUCAAAAGCGCCGAUGUUGUGUCAGUUGCCCUACUCACUGAAGCCACCACCUGUGCUAAACCUUGGGACGCAGUGUUGACAAUUUUGUCCCGGGGAAGAUGGAUGAAAUGGGAAUUGGAUAUCAGAAGCUCCGAGAAGUCAAUCCCUCGAUCAUACAUGCCAGCGUUUCUGAUAGGAUACGGCGCUGGUGGCCCAUAUUUCCGCCGUGCAGGGUACGAUGCCAUAGCUGCUGCUGAGGCAGGCAUGCUGCACAUCACUGGUGAGCGCGAUGGAGCCCCGACACGACCUGGUCUGGGUCUCACGGAUAUGAGUACCGGGCUCUAUCUCCAUGGGGCCAUUCUCGCUGCCCUGUAUGCUCGAAAGAAUACAGGCCAAGGGCAAAAGAUUGACGCAUCUUUAUUUGAGAGUCAGGUGUCUUUGCUCUCUAACGUCGCAAUGUCGUGGUUGAAUGCCGGUGAACAUGCGCAUCGUUGGGGCACGGAGCAUCCAAGCAUUGUCCCAUACCAAGCCUUUAAAACUAAAGACGGCUAUUUAGUGCUGGGAGCCACAAAUAACCGGCAGUUUCAGAUACUCUGUCAGUUGUUAGAGCACUUGGAAUUGGCGAGAGACCCGCGCUUUGUUGAUAACAGCUCCCGUGUCCUGAAUCGGGCGGAACUGAAAGGGAUAUUGGAGCCGAUAAUCCGCGCAAAGCCAACCAAAGACUGGCUGGCUGUCUUGGAGGGCAGUGGAAUGCCAUAUGGGCCCAUUAACACGAUAGAAGAAGUGUUCUCCCACCCACAAACUGCAGCCAGACAUAUGGUGCACACUCUUCCGCACGAACCAUCAGUCUCAGGGCAGAUCAAAGUCGUAGGAUUUCCGGUCAAAUUUAGUGAGACUCAGCCUCGAAUCCGACGAGCGCCGCCGAGUUUGGGGGCACAUACCAACUCUACGCUCGAAGACAUGGGGUAUUCACCAAAGGAGAUCGCGGCGAUGCGGGAACAGGGCAUUGUGUGA